GUCAGGGUCCAGGAGCCGUGGAGGAUAUGCUGGAUGUGGAGAACAAGCGUAUGGCCGACAGCCUGGCCAGCAAGGUCACCAGGCUGAAGUCGCUGGCUCUGGACAUUGACAAAGAUGCUGAGGAUCAAAACCGUUACCUGGAUGGCAUG